CAGCCACAACUGGGAGAGUUACAUAAGAGCACUUUGGUCCAAUAGUCGUGUCUGUGAGACGCCCAGUUGAAAGCUAGCAGACGAAAAGCUCAGACAAGCACUCAGGCGAAGGCAGGGGGGGGUUUAUGAACAUAGAAGGAGGGCAGAGACAGGAAGACCAAAGCACUCAGGAUUCGGGAGGGGUCGUAUUUCGGAGAACUUAGUCAAGGAGCGUUGCCCUGAAUCUCUCUGCGGAAAGGAAAGGAUCAAGAGGAGCUCACAGAAGGGCACAUCCUAAAGACGCAGCCCUUCUCAAAAGCAUAACAGGUGAAGAUAAUGAAAAAGACCAUAGUGGGAGGGUAGUAAGGAAAGAGGGUGAAGGGUCCGUGAAGGGUCAGAGUACACAGAGAACAAACACAUCUCAAACGGACUCAAAGUCACAGAAGAAGAAAGGAGCUGAGCACAGAGGCUGAAGCACACAUUUCUGUAAGGUUGCAGUCUAGCGGAGACGGUCUCAGCGUCGACCAUGUCAGAAGGGGGGAAUACAUCUUACAUUGACUCCAUCCAGAGGGCUGCCAUUGAGCGCUUCCCUCUCAUCAAUGUGAGAGGCGUCCCUCUCAUGAGCUACAUCGCCAACAACUUUGACUCCAUCUGGGAUUUCAAGCCCGACCCCUCUGACCUUCUGAUCGCCACCUAUCCCAAAGCAGGAACCACAUGGACCCAGGAGAUUGUGGACCUGCUUCUUCACAACGGAGACGCCGAGAUCUGCAGGAGAGCACCCACCCCCGAGCGCAUCCCAUUCCUGGAAAUCUUUUCUCCUCCACCGAUCCCCUCAGGUCUUGAGCUUUUGAGCAAAAUGGAUCCUCCCAGAGUCAUCAAGACCCAUCUCCCCUUUCAGCUCGUUCCUCCUGGGUUUUGGGAAAACAAAUGCAAGACCAUCUAUGUGGCCCGCAAUGCAAGGGACAACCUAGUCAGCUACUAUCACUUUGAUCGAAUGAACAAGAGCCAACCUGAUCCUGGACCAUGGGAGGGCUACAUCCACAAGUUCAUGAGAGGAGAGUUAAGCUGGGGUUCGUGGUAUGAACACGUAAAGGGUUACUGGAAGGAGAGAGAGGAAAGAAACAUCCUUUACCUUUUCUACGAAGACAUGAAGGAGAAUCCUCGGCGGGAAGUGGAACGCAUCAUGCGCUACCUGGACCUGUCCCUCGCCGAUGACGUCAUCGGCCGCAUUGUGGAGCUGACCUCCUUCAAGAGCAUGAAGGAGAACCCGAUGGCCAACUACACUUUCAUCCCCGAACCUCUCUUUGACCACAGCAUCUCUCCCUUCAUGAGAAAAGGUGAAGUGGGUGACUGGACCAACCAUUUCACCCCUGAACAACUGCGGAUGUUUGAGGAAGAUUAUGAAACGCAAAUGGAUGAAUUCGACAUCCCCUUCAGGACCAAUAUUUAACCGCAAUUCACACCCCCCUCACCCAAAUCAGUUCAGUGUUAAACCAAACAACCAUGAAAUGUUCACUGUACAGCACUCAGGAAAGAGAGUCAUCACUGUCGGGUGUCCGUGUGAAUAAGAACAACUUGUUAUUACGUCACACCUGGUUUAUUAACCGUGAUAUUGGGGCUGCAACACAUUUAUCCACACGGCAGACACUAACUUGGCAACGCGCAUGCGCAGGGUUACUUGCUAUACCUACGGUGUGUGCGAUGGCUCAAAAUAGACCACUGUGAACAGUGACUGGUCUACAGUCGCCGAUCAUUCCAACUCCCCAACUGACUUCGUCCACCCAUGAUCUUGACAGAGAUCCACAGGAUAAAUGAAGCAGUUUCGUGUUAUUUGAUGAUCAAUAAAGAUAUACUACACAAUUCCGUUUUUUUACUGUGUCGUGUGGUGACCCACAUCUAUAUAUCGAGAGACAUUC